CAGCGCGGAGGCCGCGAGGAGCCGGAGCGGCGCUGACCAUGGGCGCCGGCGGACCCCGGGCCCGGGCCCGGCUGCUGCCGCUGCUGCUGGCGCUGGCGCUGCUGGCGGGGGGCGCGCGGGGGGCGCGGGGCCGCGGCGGCGCCGAGAAGACGGGCGGACGGCGGGCGGCCAGCACCUUCGCGCAGAGCCUGGGCGGCCUGUUCGGGGAGGACAACGUGCGCGCCGCGCAGAAGUUCCUGACCAGGCUGACCGAGCGGUUCGUGCUGGGCGUGGACAUGUUUGUGGAGAGCGUGUGGAAGGUGUGGACAGAACUGCUGGAUGUGCUGGGUCUGGACGUGUCCAACCUGUCGCAGUACUUCAACCCCAGCUCGGUGGUCAGCAGCCCAGUGCGCGCCCUCCUGCUGGUGGGCAUGGUGCUCCUGGCCUACUGGUUCCUGUCGCUGGCGCUGGGCGUCACCUUCAACCUCCUGCAGGCCGUGUGCGGCCGCUUCUUCUGGGUGGCACGGGCUGUCCUGUUCUCCAUGUCCUGCGUGUACGUCCUGCAUAAGUACGAGGGUGAACCCGAGGCCGCCGUGCUGCCCAUCUGCUUCGUGGUGGCAGUGUACUUCAUGACCGGGCCCAUGGGCAGCUACUGGCGCGGCGGGCCCAGCGGGCACAGCGUGGAGGAGAAGUUGGAGCGCCUGGAGGCCCAGGUCCGGCAGCUCAACGUCCGCCUCAGCCUCGUCCUCGAGUCCCUCGACCGCUCCAACGGCAAGUGACAAUCAGCCACCCGGCCGGGACCCCCCGCCCCCGUGCCCCCCACAAAGAAGCAGAAGAAGCGCCGCAAGAAGAGAACCGCCAACCCCAAACAACCUUAAUAAACGUACUGAGCAGCAGAGGCCGCCUGGGCGGGUGUUUCGGCCCUGGGGCUCAGGACUGCCCGAGGGUCUGUGUCAAACCCCCCAGCAGUGUCAUUAGCAGAAGAGAAAGAUAUUUUUUAAACAAAGGAUAUGACCGUAUUUGCUGUACAGGGAGAGAAGUUUAUCUGUGCAUAGAACAUAAAGUUAGUUUUUUCCCCAAGCAUUUAACUACAUCUUUUGUAAGGGUUUUUUUAAUAAAGGCAGAUCGAGACCAGACUCUGGGACCAUCCACUGAGGGAAGGACUUGCUGGUCAGAGGCCUGGGAAGGCUCGUUGCCCGGGACUGCAGGGGAGGCAUGCGGGGGGACCCCGGGCAGAGCACCCCCUGUGUUGUUUUGGGUCACUCUUGACUUGGUUGUCGAGUCCUGUCACUCUGAGCGAGUGUGGCCCUAGCCAAGCCCCCAUCAAUUCUGUUGCUCCGGAGACCGUCAUUUGUCGAGAGUCAGAGGUGCCCUCGCACACGUGCUGCAGUCGGAUUGAUUUGAACCACGUUUCGUAGAGGCCCAUCCGAGGACCUGGACAUCCACGGGAACCUGAUGCCCAAGGCUAUGUGGAGCGCCGGUGUCCACUGUGCCCAUUUAGGAAGUGUCUGCUCUACAGGUGUGUGAGUGUGUAUGUCUGUGUGUCUGUGUGUCUGUGCGUUUGUGAGUGUGUAUUAAUGUUUGUGUCUGUGUGUGUAUAUGUGUGUGUGUCUGUACAUGCGUGAGAGUGUCUGUGUGUGUCUGUGUGAUUGUCUAUGUCUGUGUAUAUGUGUGUGUGUCUUUGUAUGUGAGUGAGUGUGUGUCUGUGUCUGUAUAUAUGUGAGUGUGUGUCUGUGUCUGUGUGUAUGUGUGUGAGUGUGUAUGUGUCUGUGUCUGUGUGUCCACGGGCUGGCCCACAUUCCCCAGAUUUGCUGCUCACCUCCCUCCCCCGGUGCUUCUGUGGGCGCUACUGGUGGCUGUCUGUGGCACAGGAGAGCUUCUUGCAGGGCCAAGGGGGGGCCCCCCGUGACUCACCCAGAGGAGGGGCUGGCGGGAAGCCCCGCACGUGCCAGGCACGUUGUUCAGGCCUCCACGUUUGGCCUGGGAGGUGGCCUGGGGGCUUGAGCCCUGCAACCUUCCUGGACGCGGGAACAAGCGCUUUCCUGGAGCGGUGGGGGCCCCACCACCCCAUGAGCGGGCUUUUUACAGUUCCCAAGGACUGAGACCCGGCGAGUCUCCAAACCGAGGGACAAGAGCGCCACCUUUUGGACAAGGGCGAUGGUGGCGCAAUGGGGUGGGCAGCGCCUGUUGGCAGCUGUGGGGACGGUAGCUGGGAGAUCCCAGUGGCUGGCAGCUGGUCAGCCACAUUCUCUAGGCCCUCGUCCUGGCCCAGGACCCACGCUCCUCAUCACAGGGGGAUCCUGAGUCGCCCACGAGGGUGAGCGCCCUGGGCCCUGGGCCCAGUCCCUUCUCCCCGAUGGGUCCCGAGCCGGCUGCCUCGUGUCAGGAAGCUGGUGUCCCACCCCGUGACACCGUCCCACCAGGCCCUACCUCUGCUCAUGGCCACCUCAGUGGCACUCCCAUUCCCCGUGUGAAUUCCAGGGUCAGACGUGUGCGAUCGUGUGUUUCGCAGGGUCCACAGUACUUUAACACAUGGCUCUCCGGCGGCCCCCCGGACAAGCUGUUCAGUGUCGUGAUUUCUGUGUGUUGCUCAUGAUGCCGCCUUGGUGGAUGGCGCCAGGGCUGGCCAGGGACACCCAGGAGCGAAGUGUCCGUGGCCCCUGACGCUGUGGCAGCUAGUGGCAUCCUGGCCCCCACGUCCCAGUGUCUUUUUGUAGAUGCCCAGGUUUUGUCCUGGUGUCGGUUUAUUGCCCGCAUGUGUGCUGAGUCUCUGGCACUGUGUCCUUCAAGUGAUUUCUCGUGGUGGUGAUGGUGACCUGCCCACAUCCCAUCAGCCAAGCUGCAGUUCCUUCCUCACUGGGAAUCCUGUUCAUGAGCUGAUUCCUAGUCUGUGUAUCUGGUUCUACAUUUAUAUAGCAUUUGACAAUAUACAGCCACUUUAUCUGAACCUAGUGGUGUGUGAAUGUGGUGUGUAUCCACGUUAGUCCUCUGAGCCUUGGAGACCGAGUCUUCAAAUAUAUAGAUAUCAAUGUAUAAGGCUUAUUAUUUUGGGGUUUUUUGGGGGGGGCAAAGUGAGACAUCAUUCCUCUUUAUGAAGUCACUGGUUUUGGUGUUACAUUGUUUUGUAGAUUGAUUCCAGAACAGAAUUAAAAUAUUGUGAAAAUUAUAGCUUAAUAAAUGUUCAUGAGAAUUUUAUUGAA